AUGGCCAUGAAUUAAGCCCCACCUAAUCUCUCUCUCUCACGCACACAGUUAGUGAGUUAGUUUUCGCCUGGUUAUUUGGAAAAAGAUUCAGUCUACAAUAUAUCUAAACAUCUAUGAGCUAUGGCCCAUCUAUGGGAUCAUCACUAACAAAGUAAACCACCAUGAUCAGAUUCUCUCCCAGAUCACUUCUCAUAUGGGCCAUCAUCAUCAUCAUCAUCAUCAUAAUCCAAUCCAAGAUUCUACCUUCUUCAUCAUCACCAUGCCAACACCACCAUACUCAUGAUCACCACACCAAUCACCAAUUCCAACAAAAAACAACCAUAUUCUGGGAAUUCGAAGAGGAAUCCGAAACUUGGGUUCAAGUGAAUUCACCUUAUGAUCUUGUGUCAUGUGUCAACGACACCAUCUGUACCAAAGUCGGCGUCAUUGACCAGAUUGAAUUGGAUCAAGAACAAAAGUCAAAAAAGGAUGGUGAUCAACAAAAGAAGAAGAUUAAAAAAGAUGAUAAAAAGAUUGGGGGUUUGGCAUCGAGGAAGAGAAUUUCAUUGAUAAAAAUGUCGGAAGAUUCGAUUUGGGUGACUGGAGUUAGUGGUUCGAUCUAUGAGAGAUUCUGGAAUGGUGUGCAGUGGGUGAUUGCACCUCAUGAACUCCCUGUACAAGCUGGUUAUGCAGUUUCUGUGUUCUUGAUCAAUCACACAGUUCUUGCUCUUUCUGAAGCAGGAAUCUUAUACCAGAUGCAACUAAGUGAAAAUUCACAGCCCAUAUGGAUCGAGUACACACCAAUUCAAGAUUCUAGCACAACCAUGUUCAUCAAAUCUGGUGUUAUAUCACAUAUUAGGGAGAGUAUCUAUUUCUGCACGAAAAAUGGGCUGCUAUUGGAGCUUACUGAGGCUGAUCCUCCAAGAUGGAUAAACCAUGGGAAGCCUCCUGGUGCAGAUGUUGCAGCCAUAGUAAAUGCACCUGGAAUUAGGGCACAAGUCGUAUUCACCAUAAGUUUGUCGGGGGAUUUGUACGAAUUUGAUAGGAAUUCAAAGCCAUUAUGGAAGAAACACAUAUGGAGUAAAGAAUCGGGUCAAGACAUUGCUUUGACACCAUCGAGUGGUGGUAGUGUACACCGAAGAACCGGGCCUCAUUCGGAUUCGCUCUUUCUAUUGACCAAAGGUGGGAACUUGGUUGAGAGAAAGUUACAUCGAAGAAAAUGGAAAUGGCUACUUCAUGGAAGCCCGAAAGAUGAACACCUCACAUCAAUAACACUCGUUACACCCGACGAAACACACACAAACCCGUUCUCCUUAUUUCUAACAUCCGCCUCAGGAUCCGUCUUCGAAUACAACAUUUCAAAACAACAAGAUGUUGAUAAAGAAUGGGUAAAUCACAUGCACCCACCACAAACCAAAGUUGCAAAAGACGUUUCCGGGCUAAAUUAUCAAGCGGGUCGGCUUGUAUUCCCUUUAGACGAUGGUCGGCUCGCGGAGCUCCACCAAUCAAAAACCGGUGGUGAUGUGGCGGGCCCCACCGGGGUUGUAAGCACACGGAGACGAGCGUAUAAUAAUAAGUACACAUGGUCGAUAAUAGACGCCCCCGAGAGCGAAGGGGGGAACGCUGAAUACUGCACGGAGGAUCGUGGCCCGUUGAAUUGUAUUUCCGGGGUGAAAGAUGAUAAAUGGUUGAGAAAGCGAGCCGGAAGCAAACCACAAGAUCAAUAUUACCUAACGCCCCCUGGAAAAUCGAAAGAUGUGACGUAUUUACCCCUCGAAAGAAACUUCCGUUUACGAGUGAUGCACGAGGCUAGAUCGUUUUUUCUUGUUUCGGAAAGCGGGUUGGUAUAUGAGUAUUUGAAUGUUGAAAAUGUGUGGUUUUGGCUUCACCAUGUGUAUCCUAUGGGUAUGAAAGGUGUGGUUGGAAAUUACAAUGGAAGUUUGUUUUUGGUGGAUGAAAAUAGCAAUCUACUUAUUAGAGAAAGAUUUGGGAAUGAGCUGACGUGGAUAAAUUGCACUGCGAUUAAGAAAGGACGACAGGUCACCGGAGGUCCGCCAUGGAAUCUAUCUCCUGGAAAAGUUAAACCCGAGGACUCGUUGUUCUUCAUUAGCAAAACCGGGGGGUUGCUACAAUUAACAGUUGCGCUAAGGAAGUUGAAAUGGAAAGAUUGUCGAAACCCUUGGAACGUAAAGAUCGAGGGUAUACUCGACCAAGAAACAUUUAGAGAAAACAUAGUUUUUGUGGUUGGAAAAGACGGGAGGUUGUACCAAUACAACAAGGUGACCGGGCUAUGGCACGGACACCAUCAAUCACAACACAUGGUGCUAUCGAGACAACCCGGGACCGCAAUGAGACCAUGGUCAAAAUCAUUGACCGGGUCUCUGUUCAUGAUAUCGGAAGACGGUAGGCUCAUUGAGUAUCAUUGGAAUCAAAUAGAUGGUUGGGGUUGGGUGGAACACGGUGCACCAUGGCUCGAGGUGACACUGGUUGGAUCAACCGGACCCUGUGUAGGUGGGACCCACUUGUUUUUGAUCGGUUCAAAUGGGAAUGUUUACAUAAGAUACUUGGAUUUAGAUCAAGAAACAUGGAAAUGGAGCGAUUGCGGGUUUCCAAAUCAAGAAUUGAAAAAUGAAACUGAUAAUUGUGAUUCAAAGGUGUCGAGCACACGACCGAUUCAGUUCAUGGAAAACUCGGUGAUAUUUGAGCUAAGAGAUGGAAGGUUGGCAGAAAUGCAAAGAACCGAGGAUUUGCAUUGGGUGUGGUGGCAGACCAUAGGAACUCCGGUGAGCCGUUGCAAUGUUGUCUACUGGACGGCUGUGGCAGCAUGAAGAUAGUUGACUGGUCAAAACCUAAAGAGUUAAUUACAUUUUUGGACCCUGAGUACAGCUGAAUUUUUCCAUUUUGGACCCAAAAAAAUUCUCUUGCGAUUUUAGUCCUUAUCAGAGGUUUUUGUAACGUUUUGGUCA